AUGAAGACCCGGCUAAAAAUCAUAUUUGGCGUGGUUAUAUGUCUUUUGCUUUCCUUAUUACUUAUGUGUAUUGUACUGCUACCAUCAAGAGUUGUCAACACAGAUGAUGGUCCUAGAGCUCUUACCUUGGAAGAUUAUUUGAAUGGAAACUUCCAAUAUAAAACAUUUUUUCCAUAUUGGGUGUCAGAUAAUGAAUAUCUUCAUCAGUCUGCAGAGGAUGAUAUUAUCCUUUACAAUGUUGAAAUUAACUACGCAACCACCAUCCUGACAAACAGCACAAUGAAACAAGUUAAUGCUUCAAAUUAUGUGAUGUCAUCAGACAAAUCUUUCAUAGCCCUGGAAAGCAAUUAUUCAAAGCUGUGGAGAUACUCUUAUACAGCAUCAUAUCACAUUUAUGAUCUCAUAAAUGGUGGUUUUGUAACAGAAAAUCAGCUUCCACAUAAAAUUCAGUAUAUAUCCUGGUCACCCGUUGGACACAAAUUGGUAUAUGUUUAUCAGAAUAAUAUCUAUUUGAAACCAAGUCCUAGAGAGGCACCAGUUAAAAUAACUAGUGAUGGAAAACAGAAUGAAAUAUUUAAUGGGAUUCCUGACUGGGUCUAUGAAGAGGAGAUGCUAGCAACAAAAUAUGCACUGUGGUGGUCUCCAAGUGGAAGAUAUUUAGCAUAUGUACAAUUUAAUGAUUCUGACAUACCAGUUAUUGAAUAUUCAUAUUUUGGUGAGGACCAGUAUCCUAGAAAAAUAACCAUCCCUUACCCAAAGGCUGGAGCUAAAAAUCCUACUGUUAAAGUGUUUAUUGUAGACACUAUUAACUCUGAAGCAUUUGGUCCUAAGGAGGUGCCAGUUCCUGCAAUCAUAGCAUCCAGUGAUCACUAUUUUACUUGGCUUACUUGGGUAACAGAUACUCGAAUCUGUGUGCAGUGGCUGAAGAGAAUACAGAAUUUUUCAGUCUUGGCUAUUUGUGACUUCAAAGAGCAUUCAAAUACUUGGGACUGUCCAGAGAAUCAACAGCACAUAGAAGAGAGUCAAACAGGAUGGGCGGGCGGAUUCUUUGUUUCUGCACCGUAUUUUACAUCAGACAGCAGUUCAUACUACAAAAUUUUUAGUGACAAAAAUGGUUAUAAGCAUAUUCAUUACAUCAAUGGCUCUGUGGAGAAUGCAAUCCAAGUUACAAGUGGAGAAUGGGAGGCAAUAUACAUUUUCAGAGUAACAAAUGAUGCAAUUUUUUAUUCAAGCAAUGAAUUUGAAGGCUAUCCUGGAAGAAGGAAUAUUUACAAAAUCAGCAUUGGAAGUAAACCUAUGAGAAAACAAUGCAUUACUUGCAAUUUAAGGAAAGAGAGAUGUCAGUAUUAUACAGCAAGAUUCAGUGAACAUUCAAAGUAUUAUGCCUUGAUCUGUUAUGGUCCUGGGAUUCCCAUUUCUACUCUUUUUGAGAACCGUGGUGAUAGAGAGCUCAAAGUAUUGGAAGACAAUUGGGAAUUGCAGUCUGCUUUGCAAGAUAUCAGACUGCCAAAAGAAGAAAUUAAUAAGCUUGAAGUGGAUGGUAUAACUUUGUGGUACAAAAUGCUUCUACCUCCACAGUUUGAUAGAUCCAAGAAGUACCCUCUGCUAAUUCAGGUGUAUGGAGGACCUUGCACUCAAAAUGUAAAGGCAACCUUUAGCAUUAGCUGGAUAACCUAUCUUGCAAGCAAAGAGGGAAUUGUUGUUGCUCUGGUGGAUGGCAGAGGGACAGCUUAUCAAGGUGACAAGAUUUUGCAUGCAGUAUAUCGAAGACUUGGAGUCUAUGAAGUUGAGGACCAAAUCUCAGCAGUUAAAAAAUUUAUAGAAAUGGGCUUUAUUGAUGAGAAACGAAUAGCAAUAUGGGGCUGGUCCUAUGGUGGCUAUGUAACUUCUUUGGCACUUGGAUCUGGCAGUGGAGUAUUUAAAUGUGGAAUGGCUGUGGCUCCUGUUUCCAGCUGGGAAUAUUACGCAUCAAUCUACACAGAACGAUUUAUGGGUCUUCCUAUAAAGUCCGAUAAUCUUGAGCACUAUAAGAAUUCAACUGUGAUGGCAAGAGCAAAGAAUUUCCAAAAUGUAGAGUAUCUUCUCAUCCAUGGAACAGCAGAUGAUAAUGUACAUUUUCAGAACUCAGCACAAAUUGCAAAAGCUCUGGUUAAUGCACAGGUGGAUUUCCAGGCAAUGUGGUAUACUGAUCAGAACCAUGGAAUUCCAGGCCUUUCCAGCAAACAUCUCUACACACAUAUGACCCACUUCCUCAAACAAUGCUUUUCUUUGUCAGAAUAAGUAGGUUACUCAGAGCAUGCUAAGGCAUCUGAGACAUCUUUGGGAGAAUGAAAAGACAGCAGUGCCCAAGUUGUCUAGUGUUCAGGUGAAUUGAUCACAGGAACUUUGAAAUUUUAAACUUCAUGUUUACAUCCACUUUUGAUAUUGUAUAUUAGCAAAUGUUACGGUAACAAAUGUUUUGACACAUUUGAUAUCUUUUGACAGAAGAAAUAA